AUGCUAGAUGAAACAGAAAAAAACGACAGAAUGAGCGCCCUGAUUGGGCAGGUCAUUCAGCUCGAGGACGAAGUUCAGCGAGUGCGCGAGGAGAACCGGGUGCUGAAAGAGAACAUUGUAAACUCAAAUCGCAAUCUGUCGCAGGAAAUAGUAUGUGCUGUUGUAGCGCGCAUAGAUGCGCUCAGGCAGGAGCUGCACGCCAGCAAAAAGCCCGAGCUGGAUGGGCGCGUGCAGGAGGCUGUGCACGUUCUCCACGCAGUCACUGAAGGGCUGAAGAGCAUUGCAGUCCAGCUCGAGCAGGAAAUAAGGGGGCUCCUUGAAUCGAGCUACUCGCAGUACAAGGAAAUCCAGGAGAUGUCCCAGAAGCUGGAGCUGUACGCAGAGAUAACCCGGAAGCUUCUGGUGAUAAAGGAUGAGUACAUGAAGACCCGGCGCAUGGGCUAG